CCUAGUGCCUGGUGCAUGCUGCCUGCCUGCCUGCCUGCCUGGCGACUGCGAAUACCGACCACACCCCCCUCUAAAAGCCUGCAUGGGAAUGAUUAUUGUUACUGCCUUCUGGUUUUGUUCGCCACCUCAUCUCAACUUUCAAGUUUGAUUUCACAAAAACACAUCGGCAGAUCGUGGUCAAACAUGAAGCCCACUGUGAUUGACGGCGGCUUUGGGACGCAAUUAGCCAGCUAUUUGGGUUCGUGUGUGGAUGAAGACCCUCUUUGGAGCGCCAGGAUGCUGUCCACCCACGCAGAUUUGGUCAUGAAGGUGCACUUGGACUUUUUGAAAGCUGGCGCUCAACUGAUUCGCACAAACAGCUAUCAAGCAUCGGUCGGUGGAUUUGUAGAGCACUUAGGCCUGAGUGAGGUGGAAAGUCUCGAACUCAUCAAGAAGUCUGUCCAGUUGGCACAAACUGCUGUUCAGAAAUACAAAGAAGAGAAUGACGCAGCGCCCGCUGACAUCCCGAUCUUGGGAUCGGUGGGUCCGUACGGAGCCUGCCUGCACGACGGCUCCGAGUACUUUGGCUAUGAAGGGAUGCAGCUGACCCUGGAGCAGUUGAUCGACUGGCACCGACCCAGAAUUCAAGCCCUCGACGAGGCCGGGCUCAAAGUGUUGGCGGUCGAGACGAUCCCUUCCCUGCUGGAGGCGCGAGCUGUUUCGCACCUUCUCAAAGAGGAGUUUCCUCAUCUCCGGUUUUGGCUUUCUUUCUCAUGCAAGGACGGCGAAAGAAUAUCUGAAGGCACCUUAAUUAAAGAUGCAGCAGCCGAGUGCUGGCAAAUUGCCUGUGCGCAGCUGGAAGCAAUCGGCGUGAACUGUGUGCAUCCUGCUUACGUUUCAUCCCUGCUGAAAUCAAUUAAAGAAGCUAAUUCCAGCAUACCUCUGGUUGCCUACCCCAACAGCGGAGAGCAGUACAUCGCUGGAAAAGGCUGGCAGGAGAACGGGGAGAAAGUGUCACAAUUUGUGCAGGAGUGGCUGCCCCUGGGAACUCGAUUUGUAGGAGGCUGCUGUCGCACCUACCCGAGGGACAUUGAAGAAAUAUUGUCGCAAGUCGGAAAAAUCUCAGCAGCGGAUCCGUGAACUCACUUUCAGCGCGGCACCAGCGGUCGUGGGCGGAAUCGGGGAGGAUCUAUGUGCAUCAAAUAUUAAAAUAUUUUUAUGCUUCAAAUGCGUGUGAUUCCUUACAGGGUUGAUACUUUGCAAUAGAAAUUAGUAAAUAAGACGCUCGAUUUAUAGUUUAAGAUGUCAAUACUUAAAUCUUAACAAGUAAUAUUAUUUUAGUUUGGAGAAGCAUACAUUUAACUUUUGUUGUAAUUUAAUGUUGAAAAAACGCGUUAAAACCACCUUUUUCUGUUAAAUAAAAAUUACUGUUGUAGACCUAUUUAUUUUAUUUCCAUUUCUUUUUAGCUCUAGAUAUCUACAAAGUGUGAAACCAACACAUUUUCGCAACUCUAGAAUAGUCGUGUCUUAGAAACUGCGCGCAAAACGUGGCCUUAUCCUAUUCUCCCUGUCUUUAUCUUUGUGAUGCAUGCUAAUAUAUUGAGCGGUGAUCUUCGCCUGCUCCGUCGCUGCACCUAACUGGUUUUUUAUUCAGACGAGUGAGUACACACACUUAAAAACUUUCCUCCCUCCUCUUGGCCAAGGGGAAGAACUUUAAACAGCUUCUCCGUAAUUUAAGAAUGUUAUCUUUGCAAAAGGAAUAGUCCCUGCAGAAGAAGGAGGAACGCAUCUUUCUCUCGCCUGCCCGCACACUCGAGAGAAAAAUGCGAGCGGGGACCGGGAGAAAGUUUUGUUGGUUUGAACUCGCAAAGUGAAAAAAGAAAUCUUGUGACACCGCCAAUCUUGAAUUCCGAACUUCCUAGCAACUUUCUCGGAAUGGGAAAUGGCAAUUAUUAUCUUGUGUGAAAGUUGCACGAAUAGUGUUCUUGUACGCCGGUAGUUUUUCUCGCAGCUGGAAUGUAUCUGAUGAAAAUAAAUUUUGAGAAAAGAAACGUAAA